AUUGGAACAUUUAUCAAAACCAUUGGUGCAAGCGCAAUAAUUGGCCUGGUGGUUUACUACAUUGCACGAUUCUACGCUAAACGAUAUAACUACCCGCCUGGUCCCAUACCAUUACCACUUAUUGGCAAUGUACUUAUGUUUCGUAAUUACACAACUCAUUUCAAUGAGGUGAUUGUAAAACUGAGCAAGAUCUAUGGUCCGGUGUUUACUCUAUGGAUCGGUCCCUUACCAUUUGUGUUUGUAUGCGAUUUGGAUUUGGCCAGGGAAGCUUUCAAUAAAAGUGAAUUCACGGGUCGACCAACAUCAGAAUAUGGUCGUAUAUUUAAUAAUGAAAGGCACAGAGAUAUUGUAUUUGAUGAUUAUGGUCAUAGUUGGGAAAGUUUACGCCGGGUGUCACAUACCACUAUACGAAAAUACGCCAAAACACAGGCAUUGUCUGAAGUGGUGGCCGAAAACGUAAGCGAAAUAAUUGACAAAAUAGUCGCCACUGAAGGCAUUGGUAAACCAUUUCAACCCAAACUAUACGUUUACAACAUAUUUGACAUCGAGCAAACUGAAUUAAAAAAGCUUAAAUACAUCACCUCGGAUUUUCAAACAGAUCUUGGCAACUCACUAUUUUUAUACGAGUUCAUACCAGUGCUGCGCUAUUUUAUGGCCAACCCAUUGAUUAAAUAUAAACAAUAUUUCGACGAAAUGAUGAAUUAUUCGCGAGAUAUAUAUAAGGAGUUUCAAAUGAAUUUGGCCGUCGCGUUUUGGCGAUUACUCAGGAACUGU